UGCUGCCUACUACCAGAUUCCUACUUAAGACUCGCAAAUCUCCUGCUCUAUUUUCUUCAUUAAUUCCAGUCAAGUGUGAAGCAGUACUCUCAGAAAACUAGUAUCACUACCAACCUCCAACAUGCCCACUCCCAUCGACCGCGCAGUGCAACAACGUGGGCCGUUCUUCGCAUUCGCCGCUAUAGUCGCAGGCGUUGCAGCAUGGAGUAUCUGGGGUCAAGAUAUCUUUCCCAGUCAAGAUCCUACUGGCGACCCAGAAACAUGGACACAUGACCAAUGCGUUACCUGGCUUCAGCAUCGAAAUCUACAUCCUUCUCCCCUAGCGACAACUGCAGAACUGCUGGAGCGAAUCAAGGCCAACAUGAGGGUGUCUAGGGAGCGGGCACCCGAUCAAUGAGUGUGCAGAGAUACUGUGUUGUCUCGUGAGAGCUUUUCAAAAUUAUUUUCCGUUUCAAAUUGAACUGUAGUUGUUGGUUUAUCUCAAUGUUUCUCGAGCUAAUCACCGAUCCCAAAAAUGUGCAAUGGCCUCAACGGCCCUGGAUGCUUAUACCUAUACGAAAUCCAACGCCUAUUUCC